AUUGCUUAUAUAAUAUAUUCGAAACCAACUUUAACAAACUCAUUCUUCAUUAUUCUAACUAGCUGGCUAGCUUUUGGGUAUUGAAGGUUAGGAACAAAUUUGAAGAAAAGAGACCUGUACGUGGCCUCAUUAUUCCUUUUGGUUUAAUUUAAUUAGCAGUCGAUUAGACCAUUAUCAGCAAUCAAGUACGCUGAGCUGUUGCGGAUAUGGCACUGAGCAACAAUGUGAUAGGAGGCAUCACCUUAGGGGCGGUGCUGCUGUCGAUUCCAAUAAUUGGGGCCGGGAUAUGGCUGAGCACAGAGGUAGCGGAAUCGUGUGUGAAGGUUCUAGAAUGGGCGGUGCUUAUGUUGGGGAUUGUGAUGAUGGUGGUGGGUCUGGCAGGAUUGGCGGGAGCAUUAUUGUGGAGAGUCCAGCAGGUGAGGGUGAUGAUAUUCUACCUGGUAGCCAUGCUGGUGCUAAUCGUGUUGCUGGUGUGCCUGGUGGUGUUGGUGUACACGGUCACCCUUAGAGGCCACGGCAACGUUCAACCCAACCGCUCAUACUUGGAAUACCACUUGGAUGACUUCUCGCUUUGGCUUCGUCGAAGGAUUAGAAGCUCUCGUAUCAAAACCUGCCUUUCCAAAACCAAUAUGUGCGCUCGCUUGAACCAAAGUUACCGAAUGCCUCAGGACUUCUUUAAUGCGCAUCUGACACCCAUGCAGUCAGGGUGCUGUAAGCCACCAACAGAAUGCGGUUACACCUUUGUGAAUCCAACGUACUGGAUAAGCCCCAUCAGCACGGCAGCAGAUGCUGACUGCACACGCUGGAGCAACGACCAGAUGCAGCUCUGCUACAACUGUGACUCCUGUAAGGCCGGUGUCUUGGCCGCCCUCAGGAAAGAAUGGAGAGCGGCCAAUCUCAUACUCCUCAUUUCUUUGCUUCCUCUCGUUGCACUCUACCUCGCUGCCUUCUUUGCCUUUCGGAACGCAAAAACUGACCAACUCUUCCGCAGAUACAGGCAAGGAUACACCUAGACGACUACUUUUCCCACAAGAAACGCAUCUUUGGUGCGUGCUCCUCAACUAAAUGUAUCAUUUUGCUUCUAACAUAUCAUUAUUCCAUCAUAUUUACUUAUUUAGCAUAAUGAUUGCAUUAUUAUGUAUUCUUAAAACAAAGGAAAUUGAAGAAAUGUUAAUCAUAGUCAAUUAAAUGUUAGAAUCAAUUUUAGGAUUUAAACCAAACAUCAAUUUUCGACUAUAUAAAUAAAAGCAAAAUUAUUAAUUUUAGACUAUGACCUAUGUUGAUAUGCAUGCUCUUAUAUAUGCAUAGACUAUUACUCUGCAACUUGUGUCUUGGAUGACAGGAUGACAAUGGGAUUCUGUUAAGUGUGGGUAUCAAAGACAGUAAUGGGGAUUGGACAAAAAAUUACUCUGUAGAAUAGGGGCGAGGAAU